AUAUACAAUUUAUAUAUUUAUCAUGGCACAAUCCUCAGCAAGUGGAACUUCUUCGAGGAGAAUCAUUCGCGAUAAUGAUGUCUGUCCCUCUGGAACAACUCGUUACACUGAUAGUGACUGGGAAACAAAAGAGGCCUUGCGACAGAGAGAAUUGGAGGAAGCACGAGCGAGAGCGGCACAAAUGGAAAAAACAAUGAGAUGGUGGUCAGAUUGUACAGCAAAUUGGCGUGAAAAAUGGAGCAAAGUUCGCAAUGAACGUAAUAAAUCACGAGAAGAGGCAAAAGUAUUAAGAACAAAAUUAGAAAUUGCAAUAAAAGAUGCAAAUACAUAUAAACAUGAAGCGCAAGAUAUGGAAAUGCAAAAUGAACAAUUAAAAAAAGAAAUGGAUAAAAUACAUAUGAUAUUAUUAAAACACGCUGGUAAAUUUGAUCAACAAAUUGUUUCAAUUUUAGAAUCAGAUCCACAAUUAAGAAAUGCAUUGGGUAUCGAUGAAUUAUUAGAGGUUUACAAUAAUGUUGAACAAAGUGAUAAUUCAACAUCAAUUGAAAAUAAAGAAUAUAUUAUUCAUAGUCCAACAAUUGAUUUAGAUUCAAAUAAUGCUGAAAAUCAUAAUUCAUCGUCUGAUCGUGAUAUUGAGGAAUAUGUAUUGCAAGGUGCUGUUCCAAAACAUGCUGUUGAAUUAUAUAAAGAGAGUUCAAUGGUUUCAUUGGAUAGAGAUAUUGCAAAAUUAGUUGCCGAAGCGUCAACAACACAAAAUGAUAAAUUAAAUAAACGUCAAUCAUCAUUGGAAAUACGAAAUGAGGAAUAUCUUUUACAAAAAAUGUCUAUGCUUCAAUUGCGAUUGGAAGAAGCAACUAAAACAAUUGCCGCCGAAAGAGAAGAAAAAUCAUCUCUACAUCGUGGUAUGGAAAAAUUAAAAUCCGAAGUAGCGGCUUUAAGGGAAUUACAAGACAGUAGAACAGAAGCAAUUAAAGAGCUUUUAGAAUUGAAAGAAAAAUUUCAAGGUGAACUUAAUGCAGCACAAGCUGAUUUAAUAGACGAAGCUUCUAAUCGAGAGGGCAUGGAUCGUCGUCUCUCGGAACUUCGAACUGAGCUGGAGAGAUUACAAGUGGAAAAUGCCGCUGAAUGGGGAAAACGUGAGCGUUUAGAAACAGAAAAAAUUUGUUUAGAACGAGAAAAUAAACAGUUACGAGGUGAAAUGCGCGAUUUACAGGAAAAAGUUGAUUCACGAAGAACGCGACCUGUUUCAACGUCCGACGCUGACGGAAGAAUUUUACAACAAGAACUGUUAGACAGAAAUAAGGAAUUAGUUGAAUUGAAGCACGCUUAUUCGAAGAUGAAAAAAAUGUUUGGUGACAAAACUAUGGAAUUGUCGCACGCAAUUAGAAGAUCAGAGCAAUAUGAAGCGGAAGUGAAAAGAGUUCGUUCGAGAGUUGAGGAAUUAAAGAAGGAAUUGGCUUCUGCACAAGAUGAUAUGGACGUGGCUACAAAUAAUGUUCGAAAGUUACAAAGAACAAAUGAAUGUCUUGUGGAGCAAUUUGAAGCAGCGAAUAUUCAACUAGAACAUUUCAAAAAUAGAGUCUCAUUGAACAACUCUGAAAAUUGUGCACCUGAUAUAGUAACAGAGAUAAAAGAUGACAAAAGACGCGAAGAAGAGAAUGAAGAAUCAAGAGAAAUUUCGCCAGUUUGGCGAGAUAUUUAAAAAAAAGCAAAUAUUUGUAAAAUACGUACCUGGACUAUUAUUCUUCGAAUCAAAUAGAAAUUUAAAAAAAAUUAUAUUUAAGGCAAAACGGAAAAAAAGACACUCCUUACUAAAAGAAAAACAGUUUAAAAAUAUAAACUGUAAAUUGAAAUUAAUUAAGAAAAAAUUGUAUAUAAAAUAGUAAGUAGAAAAUAGUUAUUAUAUAGGUGUCGUUUUAGACAUUCGUCGGAGAUUAUUAACAAAAUAAGAUUCUAAAAUUAACUGAAAAAAAAAAUGACUGAAAAAAAUCGUGUCAAAACGUCAUGAGCAAAAUACUCCUGUUAUGUAUUUAUUUUUUUAUAUUUUUUUGUUAAACUUUUUUACAAGGCAUAUUUUUAUUUUUUACAUUCCUUUUGUAGCCUUUUUUUUUUAAAUCGAAUUAUAAAUUUUUAAUAUUUGCAAUUUAUAUUUUUCUUUUGCUACAAUUUUAUCUGCCACGAAAAAGAAAGGAAAAAAUUUCCUCUAUUUUUAACUGUAAAUUCCUCUCGUCAAUAAUAAUGCGUAUUUUAAUACGCAGCCUCAAAAUACCUCGAGAUUACACUCUUUAAUGAGCAAUUAAUUCUUUUUUUUUAAAUUAUUUUAUCCAUCAAACUAGAGUGUAUGAAGAAAAAUAAAUAAACCGUAUAUAUUGAA